AAAACAAACGCAGCGCUUCUUCCUCCAACUGCCUCUAACUGUCACUCUCCUCCCGCCGCCGCCGCCGCGGUUCCGCUCCUCUACCGACCGACCCGACCCUCAGCCCGUACCGGUACUGGCUCUACUCAGCGGUGUGUAUCUGCAGCAGCAGCGGGUUCUGGAGGAGAGUCUCCGGGUCUUCGGCUGAUUCUGAAGCGGAGUUUAUCGGGUGUUUCUGGGGGAAGAGCUGCAGGGAGGAUGCCGCAGACAGAAGGAGAGCAGGGCGAGAUGUCGAGACGCAGUGCGAGAUUAGCCACCAGUCCGUACUACGCCCACGAUGAUGAUGCAGCCAGCACCAGCUCCACCGAGUCCAACCCACACUUCUCCUACAGAGAGAGCCCCGUCAGGGUCUUUAAGAGAAAAACAGGAGGCCGUAAAGCAGGCGAAUCUUCUCGUGCAUCGAGUCGUGCCUCCAGUCGUGCGGGUAGUGUUAGUGAACUGCAGAGUCCGUACACUCGCAAAUCUGUAAAAGCAGAAUAUGAUCCAGGGUUGGGCUCAGGUGUGCGCAGUUCUAGCCAGAGGACGGGAGCUGCAGCGCGGCCGCUGAGCAGAACGACCACACCUCUUAUCUCCAGCUCCUCCACCCUCUUACAGAAACCAGACUUCUCCUCAGGAUACUCUUCAGCAGAGGAGAACAACGGCCUACACAAAACCAGCACCGCCGGUUCUUCUGAUUCUCUGGCUGAGUCUGAGUUUGGGCUUCGAGACAUACUGACCUCACCAGCACGUGCUCUUGCGAUGGUGUACUGGUGGCUGGGGACCGCCUGGUACAGCCUGACUUCUGGAAUGUCCCUCAUCAAUGUUUCCCUGCUCAGCAGAGGUACAGCGCAUGUGAGGAAGGCUAUCCUCCUCUUCCUCCUCGUUCUGCUGCUGGUUUUUGGUCUGUGGUACGUCUAUCCUUCUCUUAAAGCUCACCUGUUCCGUAGUUCAGCUCGAAGCCCACUGGCCCCGCCCACUCACACACCUGCACGUACACCUGUUCCUACUCCUGUGGAUGAAAAGUUAACUCAGGCCGGACUCUUGACUCUGAGGAAUGAGAUUUACGCUCAUCUACAAGAGCGUGAAGCCAAGUGGACGGAGAGCAGAGCCCGAGACCUGGACCCUGUGCUGAAGGAGAUUCAGCUGCUGAAACAAGAUGAAAAGCAGAAGCUCAAACAAGAGAUGAUGCUCACAGAUCUGCAGGAGCUGAAGAUUAAAGUUGGAGAUGUUCUCUCAGAGCACAACACUGUGGUGAAACAGGAGCUGCACGGAAUCAAGCAGCAGAUUUCUGAUCUGAGAUCAGAUGUGUCCGACCUCCAGACAUCCUCUAAACUCCACGCCCACAGACUGGACGUCCAGGAAUCUCAGAAUGCCAAGCUGAAGGCGGAGCUCUCUGAUUGGCUGCUCCAGCAGCUGGCCGUGUCAGUGGGCUCUAAGGAGGGUGUAGUGAUGCAUCCUGACCUGCAGAGAGCGCUAGAAGCCCUGGAGAAGAAGAUAAUGGACAGACUGGGUGAAGAGCGGGAGAAGGAGAGUGGAGAUAUGUGGGGGACUGUGGGAGUGACCCUGCGGGAGGAAGGGGCUGGAGAACUCACUGUGAAGGAUGUGGAGCGGAUCGUGAACCGGGCGCUGAGUCUCUACAGGGCCGACGGGGUUGGGAUGGCCGACUACGCGCUGGAGUCUUCAGGUGCCAGUGUGAUAAACACGCGUUGCUCUGAGACGUUUCACACCAAGACCGCCUGCCUCAGUCUGUUCGGGAUCCCGCUGUGGUACCAGUCUGAAAGCCCUCGCACGGUUACACAGCCUGAGCUGUACCCGGGGAAGUGCUGGGCUUUCCGUGGUUCUGAAGGGUUCCUGGUGAUCGCUCUCUCCUACCCGGUGAGAAUGACUCACGUGAGUCUGGAGCACGUGCCGCGUUCACUCUCGCCUACAGGCCGCAUCGACAGCGCUCCAAAGGACUUCGCUGUUUACGGAAUGACUGGCGAGGACGCUGAGGGAGAACUACUCGCCACGUUCACAUACAACCAAGAUGGAGAACCCAUCCAGACCUUCAAACUACCAGACUCUCCCACUGAGGUGUAUCAGCUGGUGGAGCUGCGGAUCCUCAGUAACUGGGGGCAUCCUGAGUAUACCUGUGUGUACCGCUUCAGAGUUCACGGACAGCCCUCCAACACCUGAGAGAGAGACAGACAGGUGGAAGAAUGAAGAGAGAGAGAGAGACAGGUGGAAGAAUGAAGAGAGGGAGAGAAUUUCCAUUAUUAAAUCCUUCACUGGAUUGUUUUAUAAAAAUCAGAGAUGCUGGAUUUAGACAGGUGUAUCCUAUUCAAACUGCUUUAUAUAAAAACAGAACACACACCUGAACACGUUGGGUCGAGGCAGGUAGGAUAUUAACAUGCAAAAAUUUUAAUAUUAAUUUAUAAAUAGAUCCGGAAACGUAUUUCAUGAUUUGCACUAUUUACUACAAACUCCGACGUACCUCUGAUUUAUUUAUUAUUCUGUGUUUAGUUUCUAUCAGUACGAAGCGUCUUUUAAAGGAACAGUGUAAACAGAUGUGUUAACGAGGUGGUAAAUAAUAAAGUUAAUUGCCGCUGAUUAGCGAGAUUAGCACGAUUAGCAUAAUAUCAGUCGGCAGCUUUUCAUUUUGAAUUGUCAUUAAUUGCAUUAGCAUUGUUUUGUUUUUUUUUUCGUUUGAAAGCGUAGCCUGAUAAAAUGCUAAUGCUAAUGACCUUUUUAUAUUGCUGUUAAUUAGCAUUUUUGUUAAAUUGCUAAUUUAAAGGUUAAAUUCCUAAAUUCUCCCGAUACAGUGAGAGGUACCCUACAGUAUAGCUAAUACAGCAGUUAUACAGAGAGUUACAAAUAAAAUAAAAAAUGGUCAGUUUUCGAAUCUUAAGAAGUAUUUAAUAAAAAAAAAAUAUGUAUAUAUAUAUGUAAUUAAAAUAUUUUUGAGUAAAAGAUUUAGCAUUGCUAUAAAUGUCUGGAUACACUGAAUAAUAAAUUGAAUUAAAACUACAGAAAAGCUUAUGAUUUGAAGAAAAUAAAAAAAUCCUGUUAUUUGCCUUAUGUUGUAAUUAACUACAAUGAAGUAUUUAAUUAGCCAGUAUUUUAUAAUUGGUUUAUUAAAAAGCACAUUAAUAGACUGGUGUUAAUCUUCUGGCUGUAUCCAGGAAAUCAAGACUGAUGUUUGUGUUACAUGAAACAUUUGAAUGUUAAAUAUAGUCAUAUUGUCUUAUAAAGGAAAUGUUUGGCGAAAAAUUUGGCGAUUUUAUACAAUCUGAUGCUCUUCCUAAAUCAAAUCAAGCACUCAACCUUUAUGUCAAAUGGUGAUAAUAAGUGCUGAAAGUCAGUAGUCACUAAAAUUUGAUCUCUAAAUUCUUUGAAAUGUUGCAGACUUAUUGAAAUAUGAAGUAAACUCAUUAAUCAGGGUAAAGUGCUGGUUUUGUGGAGAUAUAUGUGGACUAUGUAGAUAUUAUAUUGCAGUAUAUUAAAGAAAAACGCGCUGCACUGUUAAAAUAGCAAUCCGCCAAAGUCAGAGCUCAUCUGGCUCUUAAAUGAAAUGAUGCUCAACUGAAACACUGAUUGGUUUAUUUCACGGCAAAAGUUGACCACACCCAGAGGCCGUGAAGGUGUACUUUUCCCGACGUUACGAUAGCAAAAACACACUGACACGCCCUAAAUCAAGCUGCACGGCCCGUUUGUUAGCAAUAAUAGCCUUAAAGCUUCAGUGCUACAGCUUCAGUCAGUUGUGUAAAAUUAAGUUUGUUUGCCAAACGUUUCCUUUAUGUCAGGUUUUAUAAAGCUUUUAUGUACAGUGUGUUUGUUUUAUCAUUAAGAAUGUACAGAUUCUUUUUAGUUGCACUUACAACCAUUUUAAUCACUGCAAUAUAUUCAGCUCACGCACAGAACCUGAACUCAUGAAAACCUUAACUCAAGCUACAGUUAGCAGAAUGUAAAAAGCUAUAAUAAUAAUUAUUAUUAUUAUGAGACCUGGAAGAAAACUGUGUUUACCUGCUUAUAAAUACUAUUUAUUGAUUAGGGCUGCAACAAUAAGUUAAUAUUAUUGACAAAAGGCUAUUCCUUUAAAUGUUGAAUUACCCUGAUAAAGAGGUCAAUUCAGAGUCUGUUCAGAGUCUGUUCAGAGUCUGUUCAGAGUCUGUUCAGAGUCUGUUCAGAGAUCUGUUCAGAGAUCUGUUCAGAGAUCUGUUCAGAGAUCUGUUCAGAGAUCUGUUUAGAGAUCUGUUUAGAGAUCUGUUUAGAGAUCUGUUCAGAGAUCUGUUCAGAGAUCUGUUCAGAAACAAUUCAGAGAUCUGUUCAGACACAAUUCAGAGUCUGUUCAGAGUCUAUUCAGAGCCUGUUUAGAGACAAUUCAGAGAUCUGUUCAGAGAUCUGUUCAGAGAUCUGUUCAGACACAAUUCAGAGUCUGUUCAGAGUCUAUUCAGAGCCUGUUCAGAGACGAUUCAGAGAUCUGUUCAGAGAUCUGUUCAGAGAUCUGUUCAGACACAAUUCAGAGCCUGUUCAGAGAUCUGUUCAGACUCGAUUCAGAGUCUGUUUAGAGUCUGUUCAGAGAUCUGUUCAGACUUAAUUCAGAAUCUGUUCAGAGCCUGUUCAGAGAUCUGUUCAGACUCGAUUCAGAGUCUGUUUAGAGUCUGUUCAGAGAUCUGUUCAGACUUAAUUCAGAGUCUGUUCAGAAUCUGUUCAGAGAUCUGUUCAGAGAUCUGUUCAGACACAAUUCAGAGUCUGUUUAGAGUCUUUUUAGAGUCUUCUCAGAGACAAUUCAGAGUCUGAGACCUACAGUCUCUGUCACUUAAAGUGAACAAAUACAAUGGUUUUACAUGAGUACCCACAAAAUAUUGGUAGAAACAAAGAGUUAAUUUUCUUUAGGUUAAAUUAUUGUUUUGCAAUUGUAAUUUGCUUAUUUGUAAGGCAAGAUGAAAAUACAUUUAGGCUAUUAAAUUUAUACGAUAAUAAAAAAGAAAUCGCAAAUUUUGUGAAAAUGAGUUAAAUAUUUGGGCUUCAGCCAAAUGCUUUAUUUUGUUCCGUUUUGCUUUCGGCCAAAACAUUUAUUUCAGUGCAUCACUAAUCAAACUCAGAAUGGACUGAUUUAAUUAAUGAUGGAAAUAGUUUUACGUUGCAGCUCUACUGCAAAUAAUAGUUUAUAAUGUAAUUCUGAUAGUUCUAUUCAGUUCAUUAGCAGCAUAUUAAUCAUUUUUGCUUGAUCUGAUCGAUUUGGCCAACUCUGAUAAAAUUUAAAUGAAAAAAACAUGUUCAGUUACACUAACCUCUCUAAAACGUAAUGAAAGUAAUAUUUGGUCACUGAUUAUACCCAGAAUAUAUGAUUUAAUGAUAUGCUGAUUGGUGGCAUCAUGCUUUUCAUUCAUUGUUAGCAACUUUAGCCUAGUGUAUAGUUAAUCUACUGGCUACAAAUGAUCUGAUUGUCUGAUAUAAUUUUAUAUUUAUAUUUUGUAUUUAAAUUUUGUACCGCAGAUGUUUUGGCUGAAUUGUUAGAUCAGUAUUUAUAAUAUAUUAGCACUGGGGGCGGAGCUACCCUCAUUAUUUGUGGCUUUGUUUUUUUUUUUAUUACAUGUUUAUUAUUCUUGUGGUUCAGUUCUCGUCAUAAACAAUUUCAUUUUAUUAUAACAGGUUAUUCAAAUGAUAAAAAAUAUAUUUGGUCAUUUGUCCAUAGUUUGGUAAUGUUUGUGGACACACCUUAUCAUGAAUUUACUAAUACGUGACUAAUACAUGUAUAAAUGCUUAUUCCAGUGGGCGACAGUCUAAAGAAGGUUUAGGUAGAUGUUACGCAGGUUUAUGAAUACUGCCAAAGUUUGUUUUCCAUCAUAUUUCAUCCAGAUGUUUUAAAAAAAGGUUUUUAAUUUGUGUAAAUUGUGAGUAAUAUCUAUUAAUCUCACAGUUUGAUUGUACGCUGUUGAAUAUAGAGUUUAUUCUGUAUUGAACUGAGAUGUUGAUUUGGGACAGAGCCGGGACAGUGAUCUCUCUCCUGCUGGGUCGGGGAAAUUAUAAUCAGAUUAUAAUCAGAUGAUGUGAUUGGAUGAUAAUCGGAUGAUGUGAUUGGAUGAUAAUCGGAUGAUGUGAUUGGAUGUUUGGAUGUUUGUUUCUGACCAAAGUGCUCUUUAUCUCCUUCAGACAGACAGAAUCAUCUUCCACUUUGUGAACGUCUAUAUUAGGGCUGCACUUUACUGCAAUAUUGAGUUUUUCUGCAAAGUACAGCUCUGUAAAAAAAAAAAAUAAUGAGUUUCUUUGAUUUUACCAAAUUGAAAACCUCUGGAAUAUAAUCAAGAGGAAGAUGGAUGAUCACAAGCCAUCAAACCAAACUGAACUGCUUGAAUUUUUGCACCAGGAGUAAAGCAGCAUAAAGUUAUCCAAAAGCAGUGUGUAAGACUGGUGGAGGAGAACAUGAUGUCAAGAUGCAUGGAAAAAAAACUGUGAUUAAAUUGGGUUUUUCCACCAAAUAUUGAUUUCUGAACUCUGAAACCAUUUCUCAUUUUCUGCAUAAAAAUGCUGUAAUAGUGACAAUAUUUUAAUAGCAAAAUCAGAGAAACUGAUUCAGAAACUGAAGUGCUCUCAAUUUUUUCCAGAGCUGAAUAAUGCAAAAUAAAAAAAAAUACAGAGUUUUUACGUCAGUGAUUCAACGUGACAUUAAUAAUGUACUUAAUGAAUAAAUAAAUUAUAUUGGGCACAUAUAAUCCACCUCUGGUAGAUUAUUAAAGUCAUUAAAUUUGGCGACAGUGGGAAUUUUCUGUGUACUAAGUUUAAGUGUGAUGCUGUAACAGUGUUUUAAUAGUGUUUGUUAAAACUUGUGUUAUUACAUUACAUGUCCUUCAGUGUGAGUGUUGCACGUUGCAGCGAUGAUGCUGAAUUAUUUUGAAAAUAUUGUGCAGCCCUAAUCUCUUUGUGUUUAUGCACUCUUAAGAUACUAGCAUUGUGCUAGCUGUGUUAUAAAACGUUGUAAUUUUGGAAGGAUGUGCUUUAUGGAAGGAAAAAUAAGAAUUAUGUUCUUAAAUUGAAGAUUAUGCAAAUCAUUUUGACCCUUUUCAUCAUUAUAAUGAUGUGAGUAAAGGGCAGCUGCUGUUUUCAGACAGAAAACUGAUGUAAUGAGGUUUUCGUACGAUGACGAUGCUUUACCAUGUUUACCAUGAGUUUAUUGAUCAGUAAUAAAAUUACUUUUGUAUUA